AUGCCUUCACCGACGCUGUCUUCCCCGUACACCGACAACACCUCCGCCUUCGACCUCUGCAACAAUAUCCUCAAUGGCUACACCACGCUCGACCUCCCUGAUCUCUCUUACACCCGCGUCCACCUCGACCAACCACAUUUCCAUCACCUCUCACGUCCUCUUCGCCCUACUCCCAACUCUCCCGACACAAAUGCGCUCUUACUCGUCGCAAUGGGCAGAGUCCUCGGUUCCUAUUCUGCUUCCUCAGACAUCCUCAUCGGUCUCACCGCAGAUCAGCCUGACUUUGUAAAACCCAUCAGGCUCACAUGGGAUGAAUCCACGACGUGGGCAAGCGCUGUCACCACUCUACACACUUUCUUAGCAACAGGCACUCAAUAUUACUUCACCAUCGACACCAUUCGUCGCGUCCUUGGUCUCAAUGACACGCAGACUCCUUAUUUCCCACUUCUCCUCGUGUCCAAUCUCUCUGAGAAUUUCAUCUCCUUACGUGCUUCAGAAAACCACGUUCACACAUCUAUGCUCUCCUUAUUAUUGUCACAAAUCAUUGACCUCUCUUCACACGGUGCGACCGACCCUGAUUCAAAACUAGCUACUCUUCCCCCACUUUCCGCCGACCUUAUGUCCUCUUUCGAUCAUCCUUCCUCAAAGCAUGACUUGAUCAGGAAAUACGUUUCUCCUGUCGCUAUUGCUACCGACUACAUCCUUCCUCAUCUUCGUUCUUCUCCUAACGCGACUGCUGUGCUCUGGUAUCCUAAUCUUUCAGACGAUCAAUCAAUUGACUCCAGUGACACUCCAGAAGUGCUCUCUUACUCGGAGCUUCACCAGCGUGCCAAUAAAUUCGCACGAUGGCUGAUCACACGAGGUCUUCAAAGCGAGGAUAGAGUAGCUGUAUGUAUGGAUCGAAACUUGAUGUUCCACAUCGUUUUGUUUGGCAUCUUGCGCGCCGGAGCGUGUUAUGUUCCAAUAGACCCAGAAUUACCGGAAGCGAGGAAAUCGUUCAUAGCCCAAGACUCUGGUGCUCGGUUUGUAUUGGUUUCCUCUCAGUCGGGGUUCCAUCUCGAGAAUUCUAUCAAUGUAUUCACCGAGGAAGUUCAACAAGAGAUUCACGGUAUGAGUGCUGACGAUGUGCCAACAGUCUCGGCGGAUACACUGUCUUAUAUGCUAUACACAUCUGGCACCACUGGUAACCCUAAGGGGUGUCUCUUGACGCACGAGGGACUCGCAGAAGUGGUCAUGUCCUUGGCUUCAUUCUCGUAUGAUGUGCGGAUGGACAAUAUUCGCGAAGGAAAAUUUCUAUCUAUAGCUUCUGUUGCAUUCGACGUUCACCUCUGCGAGAUCUUCGUCUCGCUCACCCUAGGCAUGACGUUAGUCAGCGCUCGACGUUCGCUGCUUCUGGAGAAUCUUGCCUUUUAUCUCAUAAAGCUUGGUAUAACCCACGUGGGUCUUGUUCCAAGCUUAAUUGACGCUACCAUGGGCUCUAUGCAAGAGGAAGAAGGACACGACAUGAAGUUGCGAUAUAUCGGCAGCGGUGGCGAGAAGAUCAGUGAUACAAUCUUGCAGAAGUGGGCCAAUCAUCCCAAAGUGAGGCUGGUGAAUUUUUAUGGACCCAGUGAAGUCACCAUCGGGUGUUCUGGCCGCUUUAUGGACAAGAAUACACCCAAAAAUAACGUGGGGCGUCCCUUUGCCAGCGUUUCGGCAUAUGUCGUCGAUCCUGCUUUGAAUAUCACGCUGAGAGGAGGUAUAGGCGAGUUGGUCGUUGCAGGUCCCCUCGUCGGGCGUGGUUACCAUGGGCGCCCAGACUUGACGUCGAAGGUGUUUUUGAAUUGGCCGAAUGCCAACAGCUGGGCGUACAGAACUGGUGAUCUCGUGCGCAUGAUGCCUGAUGGUACCAUGGAGAUCAUUGGGCGCAUCGAUACCCAAAUCAAGUUACGUGGCGUGCGGAUCGAGGCUGAAGGCGUAUCUGCAGUUCUUCAACGCUCUGCACGAGAGUCACAUGGACUUAGUCUUGAUGCGGGCACGGUGGUUGGGACACAUCCAGCCAUAGGUGCUUCGGGUGUACCGCAACUUGUUUCUUUCGUCGCUUGGAACGCGACGGUGCCUAUCGCCACGCGAAGGACGACAAAGCCCACUGUGGUGUCACCCUUUCCAGGGCUGUUCCCUUCACUGCGAGAGGCAUGCGAACGAGAGCUGGCGAGCUAUAUGCGUCCAUCGCAUAUCAUCCCCUUGAGCUUUCUGCCUCUGAAUGCCAACGGAAAGGCGGACGCCAAGGUGUUGAGCGGUAUUUUCCACGAAUUGGAGUUUGAUGUGAUGGUGAAGUUGGCUCGUGUUGAAGAGCAGGGCGCCAAGUCGUCUGAUACCCAAGAGCCGAUGACGGAGCUUGAAGAGAAGAUCGUAUCUGUUUUGAGGGAGCAUGGAACGAUACCCUUUGAUACCUUUUAUCCUGAUACGAAUCUCUUCGCGUGUGGUCUGGACUCGUUAUCGCUCAUACGCUUCACAUCUGGCGUCAACAGCUCGUUUUCGUCAACUCUUUCAGUUGCGGACGUGAUGAAAACUCCGACGAUCAGGGGUAUUGCGUCUCUGGUGCACAUACCGACCCCUGCGGCGUCGUCGUCGUCGAGGAAUUCGGGAUACCCAUCAUACGUGGAACGGUUCUCUACUACAUGGAUGAAGAAAGUAAAGGAGGCAUAUCCGGCUUCGAAGGUAGAGCAUAUAUACCCACCAUUUCCCAUUCAAGAGGGUGUGUUGUAUGGUUCACAAGGGCCGUCGACUAUGUAUAUACAGCAUGUCGUCUUGCGUCUUCACAGUUCGUCGAUAUUGGAAAAACUUCGUGGGGCUUGGGAUAGUGUCAUGGCGAAGACGGAGAUACUCAGGACUGUGUUCUUCUUCAGCAAAGCCUUGAUUCAAGUUGUCCUUCGCCCCGACGCUUGCAACUUGCUCUGGGAAGAACAUGAGACUCCACUGAAAGACGACUCUGCAUUCUCGAACUGGUUUUUCUCAGAAAAAGCCACAAAAGUCUCCACGGGAAUCAACAGCCACAUUUCGUCAAUUCCACCGUUCCGUAUCAAUGUCUUCCGCGCACCACAUGGCGAUCGUCUCGUACUAUCCAUCCAUCACGCGCUCUUCGACGGGAUAUCGUUGCCCAUCCUGCUCAAGAACGUCGAAGACGAGUUCAAUGCCGUCCCUUACCCAUCCGGCUCUCCCGUCGCCGUCGUCCUCGAUGAGAUGGCGAAAGUGGAUCUGAGCAAGGCACGAGAGUUUUGGGUGAAGAGUUUGGACGGGUUCGACUGGUCUGAGGUGGCGUUUAGGUCGCCUUCUUCUUCGAGCCCGACGAGGCGGUUCGCUGUGCCUUUCCAGAUAUCUCUUUCGAGUCUGAAUGCGAAGCUGGCGGUGCACAAGGUGACGUUGCAAGCGCUGCUGUCGAGUACGUUUGCGGCGCUCUUGGCUACUCAUAUGUAUCACAGCAAUGAUAUUAUCUUUGGGGUUAUUCGGUCGGGUCGGUUGUUGCCUGUGGAGGAUGUCGACAAGUUGUUGUACCCUAUGUUGACGGUACUCCCGGUCCGCAUCAAUUUUGGCAAGUCUGGCGAUCUUUUGCAAGACGUUCAGCGCAACAUAUCCGCCGCCGUGGAAUACGAGCCUGUUUCGUUGAGCAAAGUACAAAACUGGAUUCGCCCUGGAGAAAGCCUUUUCGAGACUCUGUUUUCGGUUGUUUUCGAAGAUGAAGAGCGAGCUGAGAUAUGGGAUAUCACGCAGAGUGAGCUCAAACAAAGCGACUAUGUGUUAUCAGUUGAAGUGGCGCUGAGUCGUUUGCAGGAUAGUUUGGUUUUGAAGGUUGCUUAUUCUGAAGACAUUGUCUCGGCUGAUACUGUCCACGCGAUGUUACACGAUUUCGAGCGCAUUGCUGUUGGCCUCAUCGAUCAAGGAGGAAGGUUCGCGUUGGACGGUCAUGAAGCCAAUGGAGCAUCUUUGUCGCCACCUUCAGUGUCAGGGAAAACGUUAAAUGGAAACCACGAAGCGGAGGAUGCUGAAGCCGGGGAUGAUGAAACGAUUCAGCAAUUACGAUCGACUAUAGCCGAUUUCCUCGAUGUAUCCGGCGAGUUGAUCGCAGAGGAUACUUCCUUUUUCGUUCUCGGCCUCGAUUCCAUCAAGUCUGUAGGGUUAUCUCGGACUCUGCGACAAAGCGGCUUCGUGAUCUCUGCGAUUGAGCUGAUGCGCCGGUCGUCUUUGCGGAAGCUUUCUCGGUAUCUUACUGCCACAAAGGGCGUCAAUGGUGGGGAAGUCAAGGGGAUGGAGUCGUUCCAACGACAGUGUGAACUGAUAAGAAAGAACCUUGAUGUUGAGAGUCUUCAGCUUACACCCGAUGACCACAUUCAAGUCUUUCCAACGAGCAUUCUGCAGGCGGGCAUGUUGUCGCAAACGGUCAAUUCUUCUGGGAAAUUAUACGUUCAUGGCUUCCCUGUGAGAUUACCGGGAGACGUGGACGUCGAUCUUCUUCACAAAUCUUGGGAAACUAUCGCAAAACGGAGCUCUAUCCUCCGAACGUCAUUUCAUUAUCUGGUUAAUUUGGGCAGCUGGGUGCAAGCCGUGCAUUCGUCGCCACAGAUGGAUUGGCUUAGCGAUACAUACUGUCCCUCCAAGUCAAUCGACUCUCUGCUUACUGAAGCGAUCUCGUCUGUAGACCUGUCAGACGAAUCUGCCUUUUGUCGGCCACCUUUACGCUUGCGGUUGCUUGUUCCUGAAGGGGCGAGUGGUCAAGCGACGCCUUACCUGAUUGUUAUUAUGCACCAUGCAUUGUAUGAUGGGCUUUCUCUUGCGAAACUCUUUCAGGAAGUUGAAGAUCUGUACUACCAUCGGACCCUCGCCGUAUCCCCACAGUUCAAUGAAGUCCUUCCGCAGAUAUUGCAUCAGGAGCAACUGGGCACGACUUUCUGGAUCGAGCGCCUCAGAGGCUAUCACCAAGUUACUCUGCCCCGAACCCAGACUAGCGAAACGGUUAAAACCCACACUGCAUCGUGCGACGUGUCGUUUGACCCGGUACAACUGAAAAAGUUCUAUAAUCACGUCGCCGUCACUCCUCAAUGUCUCGGCCAAGCCGCCUGGGCGAAGCUUCUUGCUGUCCUACUGUCUUCAGCUGAUGUCGUUUUCGGACAUGUUAUUUCUGGACGUACGGUUGAAGGGUCUGAAGAUGUGAUAGGGCCUAUGCUGAACAGCAUUCCAUGUCGUGUCCAGUUGAACGAUGUAUCGACGAAUCGCGAUCUCUUGCGUGCUAUCCAUCACGGGAAUGUUACUGCACUACAAUGGCACCACGCAUCUCUUCGGUCUAUCCAGAGUAGCCUGGGACUAGCUAAUCUGUGGGAUAGUCUAUUCCUAUUCCAGCCGUUCAUCGGAACGAACUCGCAAGAUUGGAGCUGGGAUGUAGUUGGUGAGCUUGAUGCCAACGUUCAAUACCCUCUAAAUAUGGAGUUCUACGAGAGAGAGUCUGGAUUCGCUAUCAAGGCUGUGUGUCUGUCGAGCCAUAUGAGCGCAGAAGCACUGGCUAAUGCGUUGAGCCGCCUGGAAGGAUUUAUGAAGACUUUUGUGGAGCGACCUGACGACGAGGUGUCCAAGGAUUUACCUGAUAUCAUGAAUGGCAAGGUCUCGGAGUUGGAAGAAACCUCCUCGGAUACCCAACAUGAUGAAAGCGAACACAUUGAUAUCGACCAAAUACCACCAUCUAUCCUCGCCAUUUUAUCCUCAGUGACUGGUACACCAGUGGAAGAGCUCGAUUUGACGAGAACGCUAGUCACUUGCGGCAUUGAUUCCAUAACGGCCAUUCAAUUAUCUGCAAAGUGCAGAAGGGCAGGGGUCAUGUUGAACGUGGGCGACAUCAUUGCUAGUCACACUCUUCACGACCUCGUCAAGAAGGUCGUGGUGUCAAACAAGCCGAUACCCGCUCAAUCUAAUUAUGAUCCAGCGCUUGCUGUGGUACCCCAAGCAGAGCGAGAUGCCAUCUCCUUGCGAAUUCCUGACAAGCUGCGAGAUGAAGUCGAAAGUAUUGGCGUGGCGACAUCGGGUAUGAAAUGGCUCAUUGCUGGAUGGCAGGGGAGCAGAGGGACUGGAUUUCAACAUAUAUUUCCUUACAGCAUUCUCGAAAGCGUAGACACGACGCAGUUGCGUGCCUCCUGGAUUGCGCUUCUUGAACGGCAUGCCAUUCUUAGGUCUACUUUCGCCAGCGCAGAGAGCGUAGGUGAACCUCGUAUCGUCACUUAUAACACGCGGUUGGUGGACUCCAGCUGGUCUGAAGAACCCUUUGACGACACGGCAGACGACCAGUGCAUUUACAACAAGAUGCUAUCCAUCUUGUCUUCGCCUCCGCCCAUGUACGAGCCACAGGCAAGAGCUAUAUUGUUGCGAUCCACCAAAAAACGUUAUCUCUUUAUUCGCCUACAUCACUUCCAAUACGACGCUUGGAGUCUACGAGUGAUACUUGACGAUUUCUCGGCUCUUUAUUCUGGCAUGAGCCCUUCUAGUUCCACGGAUUAUAAUGCAUUCCAAGCAGUUUCGUUGUCGUCAUUCGAUCACCUGUCAGAACAGAGAGCCUACUGGCACACAACCAUCCCUCCCUCCACCUCUCCAGCAUAUUUCCCCAUGUUGAACCACGACUGUCCAAGUUCUCAAGGCAGAACCAUUUAUAUGGCAAAGGCUGCUAUCUCAGCUGCUACGGUUCACGAAGAGCGAGCACGCAUGCAUAAUAUGUCGCUGCAGUCCAUUCUUCUCGCUUGCUGGGCCCGACUUCAGACGCUGUAUACCUCAAGCGAGUCUGCUACAUUUGGGCUCUGGCAUGCGGGUCGUAGUGGUGCUGUGGAUGCUAUUGAGAAGCUGGCUUUGCCCUGCAUGAAUGUUUUACCCCUGCAUGUUCAGGUUCGCAACGACAGCGUACUCGAGACGGCUCGUCAAAUCCUGAAAGACCUCCGGAACCGCACGGCAGUUAUCGAGCAGACUGACUUGCAGAAAAUCGACAAGUGGGUUGGCGGCAAUGGCAAGCCACUAUGCAACGUUUUUGUGAACAUCAUCAAGAUCGCGCCUGAUGCGAAUGACUCUAGAGACAGGAAUAUCAUCGAACCAUUGAGUGUGCCUUACUUUGUUCCAGACGUAUUGACCUGUGCUGAGGACACCUUCGUUCAUGAGUUACCUGUGACAAAACUGGUUCAGGAUGAUGUCAUGAUUGACAUCUUAACUGACAAAGAACAUGAUACAAUUUUGAUGUCGGUAGAAUGUGCGGCGGAUACGAUGAGCAUGACGCAGGCAAAGGAAUUGGUAGAACAGUGGUCAAGAAUGGUAGAAGGAGAAUGGGAAUAAAGAAGCAUAUGAGGACUAAAACUAGAUGGAUAUUUGUAUCAUUACUAACUAAAUGCUAUGCCCUCUCCGCGCAGCCUUCAAACACUCCUCUUCCCAGCCGUGAAGCCAUAUGACCUGAAUACCAGCGUCUUGUAGUUUCCUGGCGCCCUCACAUUGGACAAAAUCAUCAGGUUCUCCCACUCCAAUGAUACACCGCUUGACUUGAGCUUUGAUAAGAGCAUCUGCACAUGGAGGAAGGCCAGAAGUCCUGACGGAACAAGGUUCUAACGUUGUGUAUACAUCGGUAUGUGUGAGAACAGCGGAUAGUACGGGAGAUGAGAUAAAGGGGAGCAACUCUUGAAGCUGCUCUGGUGAUAAUUCAUGAGCCUUUGAGAGGGCGUUUGCCUCUGCGUGAGUGUUUCCGGGGAGCUCGCGAGAAUAACCACUGGCAAGGACCACAGGCUUAUUGUCAGGAAUGCGAGCUACGAGUGUGCAACCAACGGAAAAUGCGGUUGGAACGGGGUCGCAUUUGUGAGCUUCGAGUAAUGCGAGUUUCAUGUAAGUUUCAUCUCCUUCGCCUGGCAUGGCCUAUGAUAACAAAUGGAUAACAAGAUUAUGGAUAACAAGAUAAAGUCUGAAGACUGUGCAGU